AUGCCCGGAUGCUUGGUCUGGGGUGGGGACCCCCUUGGUGUUUCCUUCCUCUCAAUGCCCAUUCUGUGUGGGUUCCUGACUCUGCGGGUUCUUUCCUGCUGAAGACAAUUCUCUUCCUAUCCCAGCCUAGGGUUAGGGGGCUAAGCCCCAGGCUCUGCCAGUUUGGGCCUCAGCCUCAUGGGUGGAAUUGACCUGCCACCCCCGGACUAGACGAGGGGGCUGAGGGUCAGGGUGGGCAUGUGUCAUCCCCCUUGACCUUUGGAGGCCAGGACCGGGUGAGGGGCUGUACAGUGAAUCUCCCUUUGCCUGGGAGAAGGAAUUUAGACUGAGACAAUAGGGCCCUGUCUGUUCUGGCUUGGGGGUGGUGCCCCUCAGCCCCCAACAAAUGCCAUCAAGAGAUGGAGACAGUUUUUCCCUUGGCGCCUUGGGCUGCCCCUGCCCUUCUGUGACGGCUGCUUUCUUUCCUCAGCCAAUCUGGCCUACUUGGCCUUGACCUGCUCUUGCUUUGUCUCCCGCCCUCUCCCCCUGCCCUCACAUUAUCCCACAGUCUUGUUAGGCUGAAAGGGGGUGGGAUACUGGUUGCUAUUAGAGAUGGGAACUUCUGAUUUGGGGUCCAUAAUUCAGGGACCUCCGAAAUUGUGUAGGUCCUGCUGGAGCAACACUUGGCUGAAGAUAAGAAGGUGAGGAAGGCAGGGCCUGUCUACUGAGCCAACCAGCCUGAGUCUGAAGAGCUAGUGGGAGGGAGACUGCUGAGUGGUCCAGCCCCUCUGCAUCUUCUCAGCCUGAGAGGCCCACCCACCAGUGUAAGCUGCGGCUGCUGGGGCUGUUGCAGCUGCAGCCUCCUGGACGGGAAACAGCCCUCAGAGUGAAGGAGCCAUGGGGCUCUGGGCUGAGAUGUGCGUUUCCCUACGAGGACUCUCGUUCUUCCUGGUGCUGAUGACAGGCGAAGGGGCCAGAGGAGGAUCUUUCAAAGAGAGUUUGGGAGUGUGCUCUAAGCAGACGCUGCUGGUUCCUCUCCGUUACAACGAGUCCUACAGUCAACCGGUGUAUAAACCCUACCUGACCCUGUGUGCGGGGAGGCGCAUAUGUAGCACUUACAGGACCACAUACCGUGUGGCCUGGCGGGAGGUGAAGCGGGAGGUACCACAGACACACGUGGUGUGCUGUCAGGGAUGGAAGAAGCCACACCCAGGAGCUCUCUCCUGCGACGCCGUCUGCUCCAAGCCUUGUCUUAAUGGAGGUGUCUGCACUGGACCAGACCAGUGCGAGUGUGCCCCAGGCUGGGGAGGAAAGCAUUGCCACGUGGAUGUCGAUGAAUGCAGAGCCGGCCUUACCCUCUGCUCUCAUGGCUGCCUCAACACGCUGGGCAGCUUCUUGUGCAGCUGUCCACAUCCCCUGGUGCUGGGUCUCGAUGGACGCACCUGUGCAGGGGGGCCUCCAGAGUCCCCGACAAGUGCCAGCAUCCUCAGUGUGGCAGUUCGGGAAGCAGACAGCGAGGAGGAGCGAGCCCUGAGGUGGGAGGUUGCAGAGCUUCGUGGGCGUCUGGAGAGGCUGGAGCAGUGGGCCACACAGGCUGGGGCCUGGGUUCGAGCAGUGCUGCCCAUGCCCCCUGAAGAGCUGCGGCCUGAACAGGUGGCUGAGCUUUGGGGCCGGGGUGACAGAAUCGAGUCCCUCAGCGACCAGGUGCUGCUACUGGAGGAAAGGCUGGGUGCCUGUGCCUGUGAGGAUAACAGCCUGGGCCCAAGCCUGCGUGGAUGACGAGGAAUGCCCGCAGCAGCUGGGGUCCCCAACUUAUACAGAAGCUACGCCUGCUAACCUGGGAUCAGAAGAUAUGGAUAUCAACCACUGAGGUGCAACAGGCCGCAGAGAACCCCACGUCUCUCUUUCUCUUUAUUUUCAGUUGCUUGCUGUUAUCCAGAUAAUAAAAACCAACCACACAAAACUG